AUGGAUUUCGUUCAUCCAAAAUCUGCAGAAUGUACAAAAACCGAACUUGAUUUAUUUUCUGUCCCACCAACACAAGUCAGUUUAGAAAAGGGGCAUUGGAUUGAUCAUCAACCUGUGUCCAGCGUAUCUGAAAAUGGACCAAUUACAUUUUUAGCGCCCGGCACUGAAGAUUAUGUUGACAUGUCUAAGACAAUAUUGGUAGCUAGAGCGAAAGUAACAAAAGCCGAUGGUGGGGAUAUCGAUGAUGACACUAAAGUUGGACCUGUAAACAAUUUCUUGCACAGUUUGUUCAAGCAAGUUGACGUGUUUCUAAAAGGAAAGUUAGUUACACAAGCAACAGGAACAUAUCCAUAUCGUGCAUAUCUCGGCACACUUUUAAAUUAUGGUCCGUCAGCCAAACAAUCACAUUGGUACAUUGUUUGA